GGAGGGCGUUGCUGGGCUGCCUGGCGCCGCAGGGGGGGAGGCUGCUGCAGGUGGGCUACAUUUCGGAAUACCCGCAUACGCACCACUCGCAGCAGCAUCAGGAACAACAACAGCAGCAGCAGCAGCAGGAGGAGAAAGGGGACAGGCAGGCGCUGGCGCAGGGAAGGGAGGGUGGCAGCAGCAGCAGCAGUAGCAGUGGAGGAGCAGUAGCGGUAGAGGCAGCAAUGACGCUUGGCGUGUCAUCGGCAGGAGGUGAGAAGGCAACAGCAGCAGCAGCAGUAGCAUUACACCCAAUAGCUGAACCGGACGCGGCAGCAGCAGCAGCAAAAGCAGGAGCAGCAGCAAAAGCAGGAGCAGCAGCAGCAGCAGGGGGCCAGGAUAGGGAGGAGGGCGGUGGUGGUGGUGCUGAUGGUGCGAACAACCAGGCCUCCGAGGUGCCUCCCUGUGCGGAGCUGUUUUGGAAGGGGUUGGAUGUACGGCGGGGGGAGCAGCGGAUCAUUGGACAGAUCUGGCCCAAGGACCUCAAAACCAUCGUGCGCUGCCGGCGGCGAGUGUUCGAGUUGGCGGCUCGGGGGCAGUUGCGAGUCAUCGUUGACAUGGGGCAUGGGUACAAGGGCGUGGAAGGCAUCGUGGACGCGGUUGACUACAUGCUACGAGGGCAGCAUGUGGGCAAGGUGGUCGUACAGAUUUCGGAUCCGUGAUUCAAACCGCAAUGUACGACAGUCGACUGAUGACGGUUUGGCAGGUUUGGUGAUAUCAAUAGCGGCCAGGAUCGUUGCUGCUAAGAAGUAUGCCCCGCGCUUGUCCGUGGAAGGGCAUGGGCAUGUGUGAGGGCAGAGGUGGUUGUGUAACACUUAACGGAC